AUGCCGACGCCGGUGGACGUUGCCCGCCAGUGCUUGGCGGAGUCGGCUGCUGCUGUGCUCGACGACGCCGUGGCCGUGGCAAAGCGCAGGAGUCAUGCGCAGACGACGUCGCUCCACAUCGUCUCCGCGCUGCUGGCCCUCCCCUCCUCCAUACUCCGUGAGGCCUGCUCGCGCAUCCGGAGCAGCGCGUGCUCCCCACGCCUCCAGUUCCGCGCCCUGGAGCUCUCCGUCGGCGUCGCCCUCGAUAGGGUUUCUGUUUCCAAAUCCGCCGGCGGCGACGAGCCGCCGGUCUCCAACUCCCUGAUGGCCGCCAUCAAGCGAUCUCAGGCCAACCAGAGGCGCCAUCCCGAGACCUUCCACCUCUACCAGCACCAGCUGGGCUCCGAUCCCCAAACCCCACCUUCGAUUUCCGGCGUCAAGGUCGAGAUGAAGCAUUUCGUUCUGUCGAUUCUCGACGACCCGACCGUCAGCCGGGUCCUUGGGGACGGUGGGUUUCAAACCCAUGAGGUGAAGAUGGCUAUUCUAAACCCCCUCACCACAUCAAGAUUCUCCUCUUCCGCCAUCGGCUACCGGCCCCCGCCACUGUUCCCCGGCAUCUCCUUGGGUAAUUUGGACCCGGGCAUUAGCUUCCCCUUUUCCCAGCUGGGGGCCGGUACAGAACGAGCCGAUGGGAAUUCCAGAAGAAUAGCAGAAAUUCUCGCGAAGAGCAGUCGGAGAAAUCCUUUGCUCGUCGGUGUUCACGCGAGCGAUGCUCAUAGGGUAUUUAUAGAUUGUUUGAAGAAGGGUGAGAGUGGAGUUCUCCCCAGAGAGAUCGAUGGGCUGAAUGUGGUGUCGAUCGAGCACGAGAUUACAGGCUGUUCUAAAGCUGCAGAAGGUUUGGAGGAAGAGAUUAUGAGAUUGAAGUUCAAGCAAGUUGAUGAAAUGGUGAAAGAAUGCAAAGGGCCGGGGGUUAUUGUGAAUUGCGGGGAUUUGAAGGUGUUUGUGGAUGCUGGUUCGGAAACCGUUGUGAGUUACAUGCUUUCUGAGCUGAAGAGGUUAGUGAUGAGCCAUGGUAGAAAGCUGUGGUUGAUCGGUUUUUUGUCAGGUGAUGGUGAUUACAAGAAGCUUCUGGAGCGGUUUCCCUCCAUCGAGAUGGAUUUGGAUUUGCAUCUUUUGCCCAUAACUACUGCUUCCACUUCAGAAAAUAGUUUCAAAUCCAGUUUACUGAGGUCAUUUGUUCCACUUGGCGGAUUCUUCUCUAUGCCAUCCGAGAAUGAAGGUCUAUCCACCUCUGCAGCUAAAACCUCGGGACUUUGCUACUCGUGCAAUGAGAAGUACGAGCGUGAGAUUGCUGAUGUGUCGAAAGGAGUUUCAACCAGCUCAUUGGCUGCCAAGGAGUUGGGAAGUCUACCUUCUUGGAUGCAAGUCGCUGAAAGCAAAACAAGAGAGAAGUCUCUCACUGCAGAGGCCAAAGAAGACAAAUCCGUGUUGGAUGCCCGAGUUAUGGCAUCAAAGAGGAAAUGGACUGAUAUCUGCCGAAGGAUUCAUUCGUCUUCAGCAUUUCAAAAGGAUAUUAAUCAAGCCAUGCCAUCAAAUACUUCCAACAGUCCGUCUUUUCAGAGUUUUUUUAUGCAGAACGAUGCUGAAUCAGGCGUAGGGUCAUUAUUAAGUGGAAGAUCAGUCACUAAUUUUGUACGUCACCCAGGAGGAGAAGAACUUUCCAGACCUAUUGUCCCGAGCAAACGUGUAAACACACAAGCUAACUUAAGUGUUCGAGGUUUGGAGAUGAGCAACCUUCACCACUCGUCUCCUUCAGUCGCCACAAAUUUAAGGCUUGGAGCAAUGUACGAUUCUGCAACUGAAGAAAACACAAAGAAACUCAACGAGACCCCCUCUGUUCGUCAAAUUUCCCAGUCUUCACCAUCUUUGCCCUACCAUUUCGAGAAAAAACUGGAUUCAAAAGACCAUAAUAAACACACAUGGGCAGCCCUGGCCCAAAAGGUGUACUGGCAAUCAGAAGCUGUUCAAACUAUCGCUCGAGCGGUAUCACGUUGCAGAAGUGAAAACGGAAAUGGAAACGCUUGGCUCAGUCUUCUGGGACCUGAUCGAGCGGGAAAGAGGAAAAUAGCUUCGGGAGUUGCCGAGAUUGAGUUCGGCAGAAAAGAAAACUUUUUGUCUGUGGAUCUGAAUUCUCGGGACUCGGUCAGCCCCAUCUCGUCGGUUUUCAAUUUUCACGACUCGAAGCAGCAGAAACUGAAGUUGGGACGGAAAAUGAUAGUCGAUUAUCUUGCUGAGGAGUUGAGUAAGCAUCCUCACUCUGUCGUGCUGCUCGAAAAUGUCGAGAGGGCCGAUUUCUUGGUUAGGGACAGUUUAUGUCGAGCAAUCAAAACAGGUAAAUUCCCGAAUUCGCAUGGCAGGGAAAUUAUCAUCAACAACAAUAUAUUUCUUCUUGCAUCGCCCGUUCUAAAGGCCACCGAAGGCCAGUUUUCGGAUAAUAAAUCAGCAUGUGAAUUUCUAGAGGAUAAAAUAUUAGAGGCCCGAAAUUUGCAUAUGCAGAUUUUAGUGGGGCCCCAUGACCCGAUUUGCGGAAGAACCCGCAGCAGCACCAUGAAUGUCUCGAUCACCGCGAGCAAAAUAUUAUCCAAGAGGAAAUCGAGCGAUAGUCAUCAUGACUCGACAAGUGGCCAGCUUUCAAAACGCUCUUAUUGCCGUUCGCCAAGAUCAUUUAUCGACUUAAACUUACCCGUCGAGGACUGUGAAAAUUUCGUGAGUAACAACGAUGAAAAUGACGAAUCAGACGGAUCAUUGGAAGAACUGCUCGAGCACGUGGACGGAAAUGUGGCUUUCAAACCUUUCGAUUUCGAUUCUCUCGGUCGGGAAAUACUCACGGAUAUCGAUGCCCAGUUGAAGAAAGCGGUGGGGCCCACAGUCUUUCUGGAAAUCGAUCGGGAAGUAUUGCUUCAGAUACUCGCGGCCUCUUGGCUUGCUGCGGAUGGUGGGGAGAGGAAGAACGCGUUAGGCGAUUGGGUAGAAAACGUUCUGUGUCCGGGCCUGGAGGAAGCCCGUCAAAGGUACGGUGGGGCCCACAGUCGUGAUGUUGUAAUGAAACUAGUGCCAUGUGAUGAUGGCCGUGUGGUGGAAGAGGCCUGGGCUGCAGGGCUUUGCCUUCCAGCCCGAAUAAAUCUCGAUUGA